CAACCUCUUUUCUCAUCCUUAUUUUCUUCUUUUACAGCAGGGAAAUUUUUCCCUCCUCCAUCUGACUUGCUUCCCUAUCAGGGGGGUGAGCCGUUGCCAGCUCAGACAAACUGGAAUAUUCCUGCUAUUUCAGAAGAUGAAGCCAAAGAAGCUUUUAUCCAAUAUGCUACACGCAAGUGCUGCUACAGCAAAGCUCCAGCCAGGGAGAUGGUGUUUCAGGAUCUCCUAGCACUCAAUGCCUUCAGAUAUCACUUGGAGACUUUCACUGAAUCAAGGUCUUCAUCAUGGAAAACAAAACCAUACAGAGGAGAACCUAUAGAUUCUGCUAUGUAUGGUGGAGCUCCUUCUCCCUGGGAACUGAGAGUAGAAGUUCCUGAAAUAUUCAAAGACAAUAUCGCAAGAGUUAAAGUGCCUCACACAUCAUCAGUAAAGGGAUGUCCAAUAUGUAGGAGUAUUGGCAGAUGUCCCUGCAACCAGUGCCAUUGCCUCACGAGGAAGCAAUGUUGGGUAUGUAAUGGAACAGGAAUCCAGGUCGGCAGUCAGAGAUGCUCUACGUGUGCUGGAGUUGGAACAACCGUGUGCAAUGCUUGUUCUGGCAUGGGGACAACUACUUGUUCAGAGUGUGAAGGAACAGGACAGUUGCUGACGUAUAUUGAACUGCAAAUUCAAUGGAAGAAUAACAUUUUUGAACAUGUGGUGGAUGAAAGAAGUGGGUUUCCUACUGAACUCUUCAAAGCAGUUAAAGGGGAGAACCUGUUGCUUGAUGAGCAAUAUAUGGUUUUUCCAGUGAUAAACUUCCCUAACAGUGCCAUCAAUCAAAUUUCCCGACGUGCCAUCGAACAACAUCGAGCUCAGUUUGGAUCCAGUGCACGGAUACUGAGACAGAAACAAACAAUAGAGCUGUUAUUUCUUACCAAAGUGGAAUAUGAAUGGCAUGAGAAAUCCUAUUCCUAUUAUGUUUAUGGGAAUGAGCACAAGGUAUAUGCGAAAAAUUACCCUAAAAAGUGUUGUACUAUUGUAUGAUAUAUGGGUCUUCCAACCAUUGACAAAGAAACCCUGAUCAUUCCUGCAUUACGUCUACUCUUCUGCUUUUUCAUUUCUUUCUUUUUCAAUUCACAUAUCUCAGAUGAAUUAUAAAUAGUUGUUAGCCUUUAAAGAAGACAAAGAGGAUUAUCUCAAGGACUGAAACACUUCGCAUAAUUUUUGUACGACUGAUAGUUUAUUGUUCCUCUUGAAUGUUAAACAUACUUGUGUUGGUAUAUUAGUUAUAACAAGUGUUCAUAGUUUGUCUCAAGGAAUAAUCCAAAUUUUGGAUUUUUCUAUCAAUAACUUUUGGUAGGGUUAACCCUAACCCUCUCUUUUUUUAACCUACUUUUUCAAUACAAAUCAGAAAAUGGACUAUCUAAAAUGACAUAAACUUUGCCUAUUACAUCUGAGACUUUGUAGAGGCUGAAACUUUUAAACUAUUUUGUUCUUGGUUAACACUUCAAUUUAUUACUAUUCUAACAUGUCAUUGAUAGGAGUCUAUGUGAGUAAUAUUAAUUGGCUUUAUUCCUACUUUCAUGAUUACCAAUAGAAAAAAAAAUAUCCUAAUAACUAUGUAUUAUAAUCUUUCUGGCCUGAAAUUGGAACUAAUAAAGUGUAGUGAUUCUAAACAUAUUGCAGUAAAAAAAAAAUGAACACUCUGAUAUACUGGUAUGAGGUUUUAAAUUUUCUUGUAUAAUUUCAUAAAGAUUUUAUAAAGCUAUAUAAUUUUUUCAAAUGGUGGAUGAAUGGCCCUAUCCCAAAAAGUAUAGUAGCAAAAUGGAUUAUCUAAAAGAAAAGAAAAAUGGUGUUAGUGAAAUAAAAUAGAAAUGGAUAUUGACAGAAAUAGCAAUUGAAGGGUAAAAUAUUGCAGGAUUUGGCUCUGUAAUCGAAUGUACUAUUGUUGCUCCAGAUACUUUGAAAGCGUUACGGCCCCUGGCUUCUUCCUACUUCGAAGAGUCCUUUGGAGGAAGCUAAGUGGGCCUUAGCGGGACUUACUUCAGUCCCAAUGAACUUUCUGUUAUAUAUACUACAAGAAGGGAAGAUCUUACUGUGAGAAGAAAGCAAACUGGGUCAGUAAUGGGGAACCUUUUCCCAUUCUUCCAAGCUGCAUUCUAGGAACUGAAUUCCAGGGGUGAAUGAAUCUGAAUCUAGCGUGCAUCUACUCACCUGCAAAUUUGCUUCCAGUGCAUCCGUUAGACUUAAGCACUGCUUCGAUUUAUAAAUUGUUUUGGAUGCUGCAGUUAGGCUUAGAAAAGAUCUCACACCAAUUUAGUUCUCAUGUGAGAGGAUUUCUUGGGGGUGCCCCCUUGAUGGGAAGCCUAGAAUAUGCUACUCUCACAGGUGUGCAGUGAAAUUUUCCCUUGAUUGUACUUGGAGAAAAACUUCCUUUGAAAAGGCAGAUGCAGUUAGGAUGAAUAGUAAGCGGGGCUUUAGCUAUCAGGAGGUUGGAGAGUGAACAUUAAGAUUUUUCUUGAAGCAAAAAGAUAAAAAUUAGCAGACUCAAUAGAAAUCUUGCUUAAAACAGUGAUAGACAUGCCCAAAGCUUCCUAGGUUAUUUCUCAAAAACUCAAGUUGUUGCUUCUGAAGAGAGCAUCAAAGCCAGCCUUGUCAUUUCCCUGCUUGGUGGCUCCUGCAUUGAUAAAACUUCAGCACACAGUUGCCUCUACAUGACCUUGCUUUAUUGGUUGCAAACCUUCUAUCCUAUUUUAUAAAUAGGCAUAUUUUAAGUUACUUUAAAACUAUGUACUUUAAUUGUGUUGCCACCAGAGGUUUAUUCUCAUUCUGAAAUCCCACAAAACUACACAGUUUUUUCUGGAAGCAAACAAUUUGCUCUUGGCAAAAGAAAUAAAAUUGCCAAGAUACAAUAUCUUUAAUAUAACAGUUGGAUAGGGCCAUACUUUCAAGGUUAUCUAGAGGUGACCAGAUCCUU